UCCACCAUGAGACCAGAAACCUUGUUCAAAGACAAGAAUGUCGAGUUUCGCUUGGUUGUGAUUGGGUCUCCUGAGGAGGUCAACCAAGUUUUUGUGGCAGGUGAAGACCAGUCAUUUAUUGAGAGUGAAGGUAUACUCCAAGGUUUGAUCGACCUGCUUUGUUGUUACUAUGCAUAUCACGUCUCCUACCCUGAAAGUAUGGAAGGAUGCUUGCUUUUCCUACAAGACAUUCUUUUGCCAACAAAUGAUGGCAACUACAGAGGAACAAAAUUUUCCUCAUUUAUGGCAAAGGUGCACCAAGGAAUUAAGGACAAUUCUGAUUAGAACAAUUUAUACAUGCCUGGACAUUCAUGCUUAUAUUAUAUGCAUGCCAUAUAUUUAAGGCAAAUUAUUAUUAAGGCAAAUUUUCCAUAUGACUUUUAAAUAUUUGUUGUGAAUAUAUGUAAGUGUUUUCUUGUAUGAUAAUGUUUUCUAUUUUUAAUACAUAUUUCACUGUUUAUGGACAAACUGUUCUGACUAUUCAUUCUAUUUAGAUAAUUGCCCUAGGCAAUUUGAUCUUGUGUGUUGGGUAGCACACCUUAGUGUGUUCCAAAACACACCUUGCACCACCUAGCAGUAUGUGUCUUGGAACACACCAAAGUUGUGUAGGAAAACACACCAAAGUUGUGUAGGAAAACACACAACAGUGUGUUUCAAAACACACCUUAGUGUGUACUAAAGCACACCUUUUGCAAAACACACCUUAUAGUGUGUCAAAUUCUGGACAAGCAAGAAACACACCUUAAGGUGUGUUUUGGGACACACCUGCGUGUGUAAGAAAACACACCUUAACCUGUGUUAUAUUCUGGACAAAAAAGGUGUGUUAUUUGAACACACCUUUUUUUAGAGUGUGAAUACGUACAAUCCAGAAAGUCAGUUUAUACAAGACCUUCGAGAGAAAGAAGUCCCUGGUAUGAAGGGAGUAGUAUCGUCAUCUAAAGGAUUACACACCAAACUACGUCAAGCUGCUCAACGGAAAAAUGGAGUAACAAAAGAACGCAAACAGUUGAUUAAAAUGGGAAAUAAGCUGAGAGCUGAAUUGUUGAAAUAUAAAGGAGGGAAAAAAUCGCCUUCAAUUGAGGCACGUCAAUCGUCCAAAGAUCCGCAGAAUGUGGCGCAAACAUCCCGAUCCCAACUACGGGGUUUGGAACAGUUGCAAUAUGAACUAACAAGCAAAGAACUGCAUGCAGUAUGCACAGAGAACACUAGCGAGGAAUAAUGAUCAGCAUUCGCUAUCUCCUCGCAAAAAAAAUUCCGCGUCGGCCCAAAAACUUCAAAAACACUCUUCAAACACGGAACUCGCAGAAAAAGCAGGCCUACCGGAAUCGUCUACUGUUCGUGACGAAAUCGUCUCGCGAUGGCAACCUUCGUUCUCAUCAGACGACCGCGCGUCGUUACAAGAUGUCUGGAAACUACUAGACGAGGACAGUUCUGGAUUAACCCAUCGCGGGGACGAAGUCAGCAAGUCUCAGCUUCGGGAAAGUUUCUCAACUACGGACAGUUUCACGGUCAAAGGUCAGCCUAGUCACGUGCAUCUCAAGCCAGAGUGUUCCAAGGCUGCGCUGUCUGUCAAGGCAGCUGGGAAAUGGACACUCUCCCAGGAACAUAAACAAAAUGAAAUCGAGAACGGGACAAAAAUGUUGGUUCUUUGGAAAGAUACAAAAUCCAAGAAAGCAACCAAAAGAAAAUUCCCUGCCGAGAUUGUAAAGAUAUCAGAUGACAAAGACUGGUUACUCAAAUACAUGAGAGAAGAUGAUUCUCCGGUUAAAACAGGCAAAGGUUUCCGUGUUAUAAAUGAUAGCGACAGUGACACAGAAAGACAGCAAGAACCAGCUGCAACGAAGAGGCAGAAAGCAGCAUCUAAAAAUGCUGAGCAAUCAAAGCGAUCAACCAAUCUGGCUAACAUGAUAAAGGAAAGAUACAGGAAGGUUUGUAUAGUUACAGGUCAAAAGGAAGCCUCUGUCAGAAAGAGUAAAAUCACCUUGUAUAUAAGACGAUGUGAAAGCUAA